AGCGAACAAACUGACCCCCAAAAAUGUGUAAAUAAAGCAACCCCUACCCCUGGAAUGAGGCGUUACCCCUCCGACUUUUUCGAUCAAUCACAGGGGACAGUGGCUCCUUUUGAUAAAAACCCCAAAUUGUCAUUGGGCAGAUGCAAUCAUGUGACAAGCAGCAAGGUCUAAUCCCGACUAUGUCCUCAUGAAAGCAAUACUUUAUGGCAUACAGGUCUCCCCAUACGACUAUUUCCAGAUUAGGAGUUUAUGGAAAACAAUUGACAAUUAAUCUGAUUUGACUCCAAGUUUUACAGACAACCAGGAGGAGAUGAAUUACGGAUUUGGACGAGAGAGUGGUUUCAUCAACAGCCAGCCGUCGCUCGCUGAGUGCCUGACAUCUCUGACUAACCCUGUCGGUGAUGCUUUUCAAAGUUCAUCAAUCAAGAGCUCGGCGCUUUCACACUCGACACUGAUUCCUCCUCCUUUUGAGCAGAGCAUCCCCGGCCUCAACCCAGGCGUCCACCCACGCCACAGCCGCUCAAAGCAGCAGGCGGCUUUGAGAGGCUGCAGCCCGGAGCAGGCUGCAUCUUUACCACCGGAGUACCCAUGGAUGAAGGAGAAGAAGAGCAUCAAGAGAAGCCAGAUUUCUGCUUCAAAAACUGACUCCUCGCCUCCUCACUUCUCCCCCCAAGGUUCACCAGAGGUUCCAGAGGGUGCUCUUGGCGGUGGAGGGGCAUCUCGGAGGCUGAGGACCGCAUAUACCAACACCCAACUCCUGGAGCUGGAGAAGGAGUUCCACUUUAACAAAUACCUGUGCAGACCGAGGCGCGUGGAAAUAGCCGCGUUACUGGAUUUAAGCGAGAAGCAGGUGAAAGUUUGGUUCCAGAACCGCAGGAUGAAGCACAAAAGACAAACGCACAGCAAAGAGAACCGAGACAGUGAAGGCAAAUACGCGGGCCUGGAGGACGAGGACGACGCGCCGGAGGAUGAGUUUUUCAGGGAGGCUUCAGAGGAUGAGAGGUAUUUCGAGCAGAGCACUUUGACUGCACAACAGUGUCAAAACGUACACAAUGCAGAGCGCCAGAGCCCAGCUGGCACGCCUUUGAACAGCAAUGAGAAAAAUCUGAAACAUUUUCUAAAUCUGGCUCCCACUGUUCCAAUCUGUGCGUCGACAAUAGGCCCGGACAAUGAUGAGCAUUCCCCGAGCCUGGAUGUCUGUUUGCAGGAUUUCCACGUUUUCUCAUCGUCCUCCUCUUCUUUCUCCCCCAGUUUGUCAGAUUCCACACAAAGCCCUCUGGCUUUAUCAUCCCAAACUUUUGACCUUUUCUCAGAAACUCUCACAACAAUCGACCUACAGAACUUGAGCUAUUGAAACAUGGUUGUUUUGAUUCCAGUUCAUAUUUUCAGUUGUAGCGUGGGGGGAAUAAAUUAAUCUUACAAAAAAGGUAAGUUAAAAUGAGAUCAGUUGAGUCUGUGUAUGCUGCCGACAAAGUAUAUUUUUAUAUGAAUCACACACUAUAUUACAUACU